AUGAAACCUCCUGGGGUCACUGAAGAGCAAAUUAGACUGAGAGCCUUCCCGUUCUCUCUAAAAGAUGCAGCUAAAGAUUGGCUGUACUACCUACCAGCAGGUAGUAUUAUCACAUGGGCGCAGCUGAAAAAAAAAUUCUUGAAAAAAUUCUUCCCUGCAUCCCGGGCUGCGAGUUUGAGGAAGGAGAUCUGCGGCAUUAAACAAUACCCCGGUGAGUCCUUGUACGACUACUGGGAAAGGUUUAACAAGUUGUGCACUAGAUGCCCGCAGCAUCAAAUUAGUGAGCAACUGUUAAUCCAAUACUUCUACGAAGGGCUCCAAUCAACCGAUAGGAGUAUCAUCGACGCUGCAAGUGGGGGAGCACUGGCAAACAAGACACCAAGGGAAGCGUGGGAGCUCAUCGAAGCCAUGGCAGAGAACUCCCAGCAAUUUGGCUUCCGUGAGAGCAACCCUCCCCGUAGAGUCAACGAGGUAGAGACUUCAUCCUUACAGCAGCAACUGUCAGCAUUGACGUCAGUUGUUAGGCAAUUAGCCAUGAGAGACGCGCCGCGAGCGAAGGUGUGUGGAAUAUGCACUAGCAUGGACCAUUGCACAGACUCGUGCCCCAUUUUGCAAGAGGACGGGGCGGAACAGGUAAACAUGGCCGGAGGCGUGCCCGCACCCCGCAGGCAGUACGACCCAUACUCCAAUACGUACAAUCCGGGUUGGAGGGACCAUCCCAAUCUCAGUUAUGGGAACAGGCAACAAAAUGCAUUUCCAAAUCAUCCACCAGGAUUCCACCAGCCAUGGCAACCAAAAUCGCAACCCUCGUCCUCCAACUCAGGAAGUUCUCUAGAGGACCUAGUCAAAAACCUGGCCACGACUACUACCAACCUGGCCAUGACUACUACCCAGCUUCAACAGGAGAUCAGAUCCUUAGCCGCGAAUACCGCGCAGCUCCAGCAGGACACCAAAGCUGACAAGAAGGACCAAGACGUUCGAAUAAGCCAACUGGCAACUGCCAUCAACCGCUUGGAGUCCCACGUUUAUGGGAAACUACCAUCGCAACCCGAGGUAAAUCCCAGGAAUGUAAGUGCCAUGACGCUGAGGAGUGGCAAGGAAUUGGAAGGGCCUAAACAAGUACCCAAGUACGCAAAGUUCUUGAAAGAUUUGUGCGUUAACAAAAGAAAGCUAAGGGGUGAUGAAAGAGUGAUGGUGGGAGAGAAUGUAUCAGCUGUACUUCAGAGGAAACUCCCACCCAAAUGCGGAGAUCCAGAAUUUUCUGAGUUUGCUUAUAGGGGUAAAUUCAAGGUUGCUGCGAACAAGUCCUAUAGGAUGAAAGCAAUUCAUGAG